AUGCCUGCUUGGAUUGCUGAUUCACACUCUUUCAUUGCUGCUUCUGCAGGUGAAAAAUUUUACACUGGCUCAACCGACAAUACUCUAUACGAAAUGUGGAUUGGUGUCAAUGAUAUCGGCAAGAAGAACAUUUUUAUUGAUAUCCAGGAGCCUGGGACAUCCCUCACAACUUAUACUGAUUGUGUCUUUGUGGCUUUCGACAGCAUUUACAGAAAUGGCGGGCGGAAAAUCAUUCUCUUGAAUGUUCCCCCACUCGAGUUACAUACAUUAUAUGCUACCCCUCAAAGUAAAGUUCUACUUCCAGGUUCAGCCAAUUGCCCAGAUAAGCCAUCCAACUUGACUGAAGUAUCUUUCAAAAUGUACGAAUAUUCACGGACUGUAAACGAAAUAUUCAAAUUCCAAGUCCCAUUCCAGCAACAUAUAGCCAAAGAUACCCCGGUGCGAUAUGGGCAAUCUAUGGAAAUUCAUCAAAAUCCUCAGAAAUAUCUUAACGGCACAAGUACUCUCGAUAUCCUUGAUUUUAUACAUCACUGUUCUUCGGGAGAAGUUGAUUGCACAGAUUUACCUGGCGACCGGGAUUCAUUCAUGUUUUAUGACUCUCUUCAUCCGUCUGAGCAAGUACACCCCAUCAUAGCCCAAAAUUUAUGGAUGUUGUCAACGGAAUAA